AUCGAAAAUAUACAUCUCCAUAUUCACAACAGCAACCAUCAUUCAAGAGGUUAUGGAAAUCAUCAGCCUCAAAAGCGUAAUAGCUCUACUUCUCUUGCUUUCUGUAAUUUGUUUUGGGUUUUGCACUGCCAUCAACACCAUGACCUCCACUCGCUUCAUCGAAGACCCUGAAACUCUAGUCUCUAAUGGAAGUGCCUUCAAACUGGGUUUCCUUAGCCUUGCCGAUUCAACCAACCGCUACGUUGGCAUCUGGUACAGCACCCCUUCUUUAUCAACUGUCAUAUGGGUGGCUAACAGGGACAAACCCCUCAAUGAUUCCUCUGGGAUUGUGACCAUAUCCGAAGAUGGUAAUCUUCUGGUUAUGAAUGGCCAGAAAGAGAUUGUCUGGUCCUCAAAUGUUUCAAAUGCAUCAGCAAACUCAAGUGCUCAGCUUUUAGAUUCUGGAAACCUUGUUCUGCAAGAUAACAGCGGAAGCAUCACAUGGGAGAGCAUCCAACAUCCUUCUCAUUCACUUUUGCCAAAUAUGAAAAUCAGCACUGAUACAAAUACUGGUGAGAAGGUAGUACUAACUGUUGGGACGUCAUUUGUUUUGAGUAUAUUUGGCUCUGUGCCAGUCAAGGGCGUCACAGUAGCCCAGAUGGUACCAGGAGGGCAACCUUAUUGUCCUUAAGUCUUGGACUUGGGUUCGAAUCCUG